CAACGGAGGAUAUCAAAAAUAAACCCCCUCGUGUCCAGGGAAGAGCAGAAAGUAUAAAUAGGCCUGAUGCGUCCAGACUGCAGCUGUGUGAGGUGCAACAGGACGCAGCCUGGGAGGACUAGACACACACUGACCAAGACUGGACACUGCCUGCUAAGAAUAGGGCACUUGAAUUUAUUUUUACAACACUGAUUGCAAUUCAGAGACAAUUUUUUUUUCUACAAAAAGUAUUGUUUCUAUAACAAAAUAUGUAUUCCCCCGUGCGUUUGCUCUUUUUAUGCCUUUGUGUGACCAGUGCGGUCCAGUUUGAGUCUGAGGAUGUGGUCCCUCAUCGGAUCAACUCCAGAGUCAGCAGUCGCUUCUGGAAACGCAGUGAGGAGCAGCCCAGGUUCGUGCUCAGUGCGUUUGGAGACGACCUCACGCUCAACCUCAUCCCAGACACAAGUUUCCUCUCGCCUUACUUCAGCAUUCAGAGGAUCAGAUCUGGCCAGCACCACACACCAGCUCUGGACAGCACCAUAAACCGGACAGAGGAGAGCGAGGGCCACCUGAGGAGCUGCUUCUACUCCGGAAACGUAGACGGGGAUCAGAGCUCUGUGGUGGCUGUCAGUUUAUGCUCGGGCAUCUAUGGCUCCUUCAUUACGCGCGGGAAGGAGUAUUUUAUUGAGCCCAAACAGCGUAACGGCGUCCACUCCAUGGAGCAGACUCAUGUGAUUAAGAGGAGAGCGGUUGGCACAAGUCCUGGCGUGGUGGCGGUGCGCUUUGACCGCUCCGCACCGGUAGUGGAGAAGACAGAGGUGGAGAAGGAGGAGAGUAGGCGAAGUGGGGAAACUUUGACGCACGGCAGCAGUGACGCACGCAGCCAGAUGCGCAGGAGACGCUUUGUUUCCGCGCCGCGCUUCAUUGAGACGCUGGUCGUGGCAGACGCGAGCAUGACCCACUUCUAUGGAGAUGAAAUAAAGCACUACAUACUGACCCUGAUGUCUAUGGCAGCUCAUCUGUACAAACAUCCCAGCAUAAAGAACCAGGUGAACUUGGUGGUGGUGAAGAUGCUGGUGGUUGAGGAUGAGGAGGUGGGGCCAGCCGUGUCCAGUAACGGAGGAAUGACACUGCGAAACUUCUGCUCCUGGCAACAGCUCUUCAACCCUCCAAGCCAGAGACACGCCGAGCACUAUGACACAGCCAUGCUAUUCACCAGAGAGGACAUCUGUGGCCACAACAGCUGUGACACUCUGGGGGUAGCUGAUGUAGGAACUAUGUGCGACCCAAAGAGGAGCUGCUCUGUUAUUGAAGACAGUGGACUCCAGGCUGCUUUCACUGCCGCACAUGAACUUGGUCAUGUGUUGAGCAUGCCCCAUGAUGAUUCUAAAACAUGUGAGAGGCUGUUUGGAGAGCUGGGAGGACAUUAUCUGAUGGCUCCACUGUUUGUGAAUCUGAACAAGAGCUCCCCGUGGUCUCCCUGCAGCGCCCUGUAUAUCACUGAGUUCUUUGAUGGUGGACAUGGGGACUGUUUGCUGGACCUCCCUGAGAACACAAUCCCUUUACCGCAGGAGCUGCCAGGCCUCAAGUACAGUCUGGAUCAACAGUGCCAGCAGAUCUUUGGAGAGGAGUUUUCUCUCUGUCCAAACAUGUCUGACAGCGACCUCUGCUCUCAGCUCUGGUGUCAGGAGGAUGGGACCACACAGUGCACCACUAGGAACGGCAGCCUGCCCUGGGCCGAUGGGACCAGGUGCAGCGACAAUGGGGCCUGUCUGAAUGGAGAGUGUAUGACAGAUGAAGAGGUGAUGCAACCGCUGGUUCAAGUGGACGGUGGCUGGAGCGAGUGGGGGCCCUGGCAGAUGUGCUCCAGGACCUGUGGAGGGGGGGUGGAGUUCUCCUACAGGGAAUGCACAAGUCCUGUACCACAAAAUGGAGGCAAAUACUGCGAAGGCCAGAGGGUUCGGUACCAGUCCUGCAAUAUAGAAACCUGUGAUAACAGUGGAGCAGGAAAAAGUUUCAGAGAAGAACAGUGUGAAAAAUACAACAGUCCUAACUAUCUGGACUUCAAUGGUAAUGUCAAACAGUGGAUUCCCAAAUAUGCCGGAGUUUCUCCUCGAGACAGGUGUAAGCUGUUCUGCCGGGCCAAGGGCAGCAAUGAGUUUAAGGUGUUUGAAUCAAAGGUAGUGGAUGGGACAACGUGUGGUCCCGACACCACCUCUGUGUGUGUUCAGGGCCAGUGUGUUAAGGCUGGCUGUGACCAGGUCAUCGGCUCUAAUAAAAGAGUGGACAAGUGUGGCAUCUGUGGGGGAGAUGGGCUCUCGUGCAGGAAAAUCACAGGGUCAUACAACAAAGCAAUUUUUGGCUACAAUGACAUAGUCACUAUUCCUGUGGGAGCCACUAAUAUAGACAUCAAACAGCGCAGCCACAGAGGCCUGAAACAUGAUGGGAACUACCUGGCAGUGAAGAGGGAGAGUGGAAGCUACAUCUUGAAUGGAAACUUCUCUGUGUCCACAGUGGAGCAGGACAUCCCGGUGCAGGGUGCGGUGCUGAAGUACAGUGGCUCCUCCACCACUCUGGAGAGGCUCCAAAGCUUCAGGCAGCUCAAGGAGACCCUCACAGUACAGCUGCUGGCCACUGGGGGAGAUGACAACCCUCCCAAGGUCAAAUAUUCCUUUUACAUCCCGAGAGACACAACACUGAACAAAUCUAAGGAGAAGAAAGGCCUGUCUGUGCACAUGAUCCACCCUUUUGGCCUCCCUGAGUGGGUGCUGGGUGAGUGGUCAGAGUGUUCCAAGAGCUGUGGUUCUGGUUGGUCCAGGAGGACAGUGGAGUGUAGGGACAGUGCCGGUUUCCUCUCUGUCCCUUGUGAAGAGCCGAAGCCUGCCGACAUAAAGGCCUGUGGGGACCUGCCCUGCCCCAUGUGGCAGAUGGGACCCUGGUCCUCGUGUUCUCGGACUUGUGGUCAGGGCGAGCGGCGCCGUACUGUGGUCUGCAUAGACUACACAGGGAAGACUGUAGAGCUAAACAAGUGUGACGCAAACAAGAUCCCAGAGCCAGUGUCGGGAGACUGCUUCAACCCUCAGUGCUUAUGAACACAGCAUGCCCUUUUUGCCCAAACUGCACUUACCAGCUGGUAGUAUUAGGCUACUGGGCAAAAUAUUAUGUUUUUGUUGACAUUUGACAACCACUAUAAGUAAAAUCUACCUCAGGAUGUACAUUUGAUUCUAUGUACCACAAUGAAGGUGCUGUGUGUUUUUUCAGUCUCGUUUUGUAUAAACUUGUUUCAAUGGGACAGGAUGCUGUCAAACACCAGCACAGUGUAAAUAUACCUCCCAGCCUCCUCCACAGAACUCUUGCCUAUAAAGCUUUAUGGAGCCUUCACAUAACUUAUUAUAAAUGUCUCUGGGAAUAAGCUCUUGUAGUUCUGUCCAUUCAUACCUACUCUAACAAUGUGAUGUUUCUAGAGAUGUAAUACGCUAAUUAUAUGCUAAAUUGGUAGGUCUAUUACUCAUAACAGAGAGCUUAAAUGUCCUAGAGGUGUGCUAUUUAGACUCGAGUGUGUUUACACAGUGUGUAAAAUCUUGGUCUAGAGAGGAGUCUUUCUUGACCAUAAGAGCAAACUGAGCACAAUAGAGCUGUUUCAUCUGCCCUUACGUUUUUCUAAUUAUGGUGCAUUAAGACAAAAUCUAAUCACUUGUUAUUCACUAAAAAGUCAUGUUAAUGUAUUGAGCAAUAAGAAUACUAUGGUGUGUGUAAAUAAUAUCACUCAUGUUUUUACAAAUGUUGUAUUUGUAAACCAAUCAGCAAAUGCUCACAGUUGUGUGUAUAUUUGAUUGUUCAUUGUCAAGUUGCUUUAUGUUAAAAAUGGAGUGAGUACGAGCAUUGGGCCUAUAUCCCUUCAGUGAAGGACUCAGCUAUUAUAUUGUUACAGCUUCCUCUUUGAGCUAUUUAUUUUUGUAAGUUUAUACAUUUGAGAUGUAAUUAAACUGGCACAUGCUGCUGUCUUUGAUUUUUUGUAAAUGAAAUGGUCAAAUAAACACAUGUAUAUUUCAA